UUGUGUUUUACAAACAUGGCUGCGCCUAUGCGAAUGUCAUGUUGUUGAUUGCUCUUAUCUAGGUGCGUGUAUUUGAGCGCUAUUACAAACACUUUGAAUAAUAAUAUUAAUAAUAAUAUUACCGACCUCUCUACAUGCACCGGAUUUAUAAGAGAUUCUAUCAAUCAUGGUCCAUCUGUCGUCUUUACUUUUGAAAAAAUACCACGGUGGGCAUGUGGUCAUCAGACUGGCGCUAGGGGGCGCCACUAACAGACCCUUCUACCGCAUCGUGGCCGCCUAUAAUAAACGAGCGAGAGACAGUAAAUAUAUCGAGCAGCUGGGAUCAUACGACCCUCUGCCGAACAUCUACAAUGAAAAACUAGUUGCUUUCAAUUAUGACAGAAUCAAGUACUGGAUUGGAUGCGGCUCUCAUCCCACUAAACCUGUUGCCAAACUUCUAGGAUUGGCUGGAUUUUUCCCAUUACACCCAAUGACCUUGACUGAAGCAGAGCGGAGACGAAAAGCAGCUUUGACGGAAGAAAGUAAUACCGACAGUCAAGAUCAAGAAGAGGCAGAGCUUUGAACCCAAAUGAGUUGCACUGUAAAUGCAAAAUAAAGUGUUUAUAAUUUGUCAGUAGUUGUGAUGUGACAUUGUACUUGGGUAGUUGACGUGACGUGGCUUUUUCACCGUCACAGAAGAAAAAAAAUAAAUGAUUUCACAUUUUCAUCAUUUAGAAUACUGUAAAUGGUUAAACAUUUUCUUGUUUUACAUGAAUUUGUUGUUUUAAUAUCAGAGUUAUUUUUAAUUUUUUUAUAACUUUGAGCCAAAUCUCAAAAUCGUCCUAUGGUGUGACG